AUGAAAAGAACCCGUAAAUCAAAGAAACGGUUGUUGAGUUCCAAUAGAGUUUCAAAGGGUAUAAAUUUAUCUAAACAUUCAAGCACUAAAGUGCCCACAGGAACAAAAGAUAUAUCCAUAAACGCAGAAGUAAACGAUAGUGAUAUAUCUCUACAACCGCUAGUAACCGCCAUACCGGCGAACACACGGGAUAUAAACGAUAAUACUAGAAUAUCUACACUAAUAAACGCGCCAAUAAAUGAUGACAUCAAGUUACCCACAUUUGAAAAUAUAGAAAUAAACGAUACUAAUACUGGAAUAUCUGCAGACGUACAAAUUACGAAUAAUAGUAAUGCUGAAAUAUCCGAAAACAUUGAUGUAUCUACGACUAAUGCUGAAAUAUCCGAAAACAUUGAUGUACCUAUGAGUAAUGCUGAAAUAUCCAAAAACAUUGAUGUACCUACAAAUAAUGCUGAAAUAUCCGAAAACAUUGAUGUACCUACAAGUAAUGCUGAAAUAUCCAAAAACAUUGGUGUACCUACAAGUAAUGCUGAAAUAUCCAAAAACAUUGAGGUACCUACGGACACUCCAAAAAACAACUCUGAUAAUGGAAUGAUCACUCCAUUACCAAUGUCUUCUCCAAUUCCCACAGACACUCAAAUACAAGUUGACAUAAAAAACUCAAUAUCAUUGGCAUCUCCGGUUUUAUCUCAAAUACCAGGAACACAAAUUGGUUUUGUUUCUGCUAUAACCCCGUCAAUAUUAUCAUCAAUUAUUUCAAAUACUUAUAUAAUUUCGUCUACUGCAUCCCCUCAAACCGGAAUAACUACUUCAACUGUCAACAUGCCACUGUUACGAUUGCAAUCCAUCCAUCCUACAAAUCGGAAUGGUCUGCCAACUGAAACCAACGGAUAUAUAAGUCCACUUGAUGCCAGAUCUCCUUAUUGCAUACCUACUAUAAGUGGCAUUGUAAUCACAAUCAUUAUAACUAUUACAAUACUAUUUAUUAUAAUUAAAAAGACUAUAUUUAUUGAAACAGAUGUUAAAUUCCAACGAACUCACGCAGCUACUUGUGUAGUAGUUGUAGAAAACGAUAUUGACCAUAAUAUUAUUAGAAAUCAUGAUAAAGAAAUCAGUGUGUUAUCACAAUCAACAUAA